AUGGGCAGAGACGAGCCGGUUUCUCCUGUUGGAGAGUCGAGUGUCCCGGUUCCAAAUAGGAUGCUUAGGCGAUUGAAGAGAGCUACAUCGAUCUCCGAUUUAUGUCCUGGAUCUGAAACCCUCCACUCCGGAGAAGCCGACGAUCUGGGAAAUCCUGGAUUGCAGUCUGCGGAGGAUUUCGAUGGGAUUGAGGAAGAAGACGGGCUGCAAUCUGAUCGCGAGGCUCUGGGUGUGGAGGAUGAAAUUACCGCCAGGAAGGCUCUUGAUUUUGAUUGUGUGCCUGAAUUGAAUCCAGAUUUGGGCGAGAAAGGCGAAGACGAAAUCUCUGGUUUGGAAACAAGAGACGGAACUAGGGUUUCCGAAACGAAGGAAGCUGAGGAGAGUGUGCCUGAGUUUGAUUCCGCACCCGAGGAAUUGGGUGAGAAAGGCGAAGACGAAAUCUCUGGUUUGGAAACAAGAGACGAAACUAGGGUUUCCGAAACGAAGGAAGCUGCGAAGAGUGUGCCUGAGUUUGAUUCCGCACUUGAGGAAUUGGGCGAGAAAGGCGAAGACGAAUCCUGUGAAAUGGAAGCAGGAGAGGAAAUCAGUGUAUCGGAAACGAAGGAGGCUAGAAAGAAGCGACCAGUUCUCGAGACCAGUGACAGCGAAGGAAAAGAGAAAAAGAGAACUAAGAAGAGGAGCAAGAAGAAUGUCGAUUUUGAUGAGCUGCCGAUCUCUACAGCUUCCAUGAACAUGACUAAGAAGGAAAGAAGAGAACAUCUUGACCAGCUUCGUGCAGAAAACCAGAGACUCUUACGAGAAACUAGAGAUGCUGCCUUUGAGCCCGUCCCUCUUGUCCGAAAGCCCAUUUCGUCUGUCUUGGAGAAAAUUCGUCGAAGAAAAGAGGAGAUUUCAAAACAAUUCCUUAGUAGGAAGAAAUCCAAAUCUACUACGGACAUAUCUGACGGUCUUGAUAGGGAGGAUGGGGAUAGUUUUGAGGAAGUUGUAGCGGAAGAGAAGAAUGAAGAUAUGAAUUUGAAAUUUACAAGCACGCAAAAUCCUGGAGAAGAGGAUUGCUUGGAGGGCUCUGCAGGUCCAUCAGGGAACUCAGACAGUCCCUCUAACAAAAAAGCUGAAAGUAACCCUACUCAUCAGGAUCCAUCCUUGCGUUCUGAAACGACCAACUCUGGAGAUGAACUUCUAGAGAAGACGUCAAGCGGAUCCUUGAAAGAAGUAAUGACACCAUCGGUACUUGCCACGAACCUCAAACUGAACCCGUCCCCUGCACCAAACAAAUCUACUGAGGAAUCUGAUUCUGAGACCCAUGAUUCACCUCCUGGUGACCCUGUUCGAAAAUUUAUUGAUGAGGAUGCUGUAGAAGAAGAUGACAGUGACAAUGAUUUACUCCGGUUUGAGGAUGAGGAUGAAGACGAGGAUGAAGAAGAUGACGAUCUCAGGGAUAUGAUUGUUAGUCAAUUUAAGGAAGAUCCAACUGAUAAAGAUAGACGUAAUGAACUGCAUCAGAAGUGGCUCGAGCAACAAGAUGCGGCAGGGACAGAGAAGCUCUUGCAGAAGCUAAAACGUGGUUUGCAGCAGGACGAAACAUCAUUGUCUGAAGAUGAAGAUGACCAUGCUGACGAUGAGGACGAGGAGAGGGCUGAAGAUGCCGAUGAUGAAGAAGUGCAAAAACCUGAAGGCGAUGAAGAUGAAGAAGAAGAUGAAGAAGAUCCGUCUCAUGCAAAUUCCAUGCGAAUGAACAUAAAGAAAAUAAAGGCAAUGAUUCCUUUAAUGUUCACAGAUGAGGAUGACGUUUAUGUGUCAUCUGACGACGAGGAAAUGGAAAAGAAGCUCCUGCAACAACGAUUGUACAAGAAAAUGGAGCAAAAGGCCAAGUCUUCAUCUUCUAUAGGAAAUGAAAUCUCCGAGGAAAUUCUUCGCCACAUCAAGAAGCCUGAGACCGUAAAGAAAGCAAAAUCUACUUCUUAUAAAGAGAGGGCACUUAUGGGAAUAAGCAAAAACCCCGCUGCAUCCAAGUCAUCGUUCUUGGGUAGACUUACGAAGAGUUCCAUAUCAGAAGGAUCUCGUAAGCGCGGAUCAAACGUUGUACGUGGCUAUAUAUUCGAACGCGAUGACACUUACAGCAAAAGCUCAAACUCAGCGCCAGAGGAACCUGCAGUUCCAGAGACGAUUGUUCAAGAAAAGAGCCGACCAAGAAGAGCUCCGGCGAAAUUCACCGCCUCUCAGUCACAGGAGAGAUCAGCGACAUUACAGGCGACGGCGGUGGAGCAAGAGAAGAGCUCGGGGCAACGAACAACCUUGUACGAGUACCUAAAAAUGUCUUCAAAGAAAGCUUGCUUUACUUCAGGAGAGACAGUGAUAAGCAGCAGCCACACUGAGUCUAUGUUUGCUGCAUUCAAAUUGGAUAAGAAACAAGUGAAGACGAAUACACAAGUAAACCCUCUCUUCCUUUAA